GCUAGUUGUAAAACAAAUGACACCGAUAAUAGAGUCUGUCAGUAAUUUGAAAUAAAUUAUUGGAUAUUAGACUUAACAGGAAAGAGUAGAACUUCUUUGGAUAUCUUACCAAUGAAAGAGUGAAAGGAGAGAAGAAAUCGUAAAUUAUCUUUGAACCCCACUGUAUGGCUCCUCUUUUUCUGUUCUGCGCUUCUGCCUCUGUUCCUAGGUUCAAUGCACAACCAGUGCUUGAAUGCAACUAUCCAAGCUACAAACGAGGUCAAUGUUUUAUGCAAUAUCUCCGCCUAAACCUUGUGUAUCUUAUCCGAGAAGCACUUGUUUUCGUCGAGCUCAUUUAGCUCCAACAUGGAUUCGUGUAUCGGCUAAGUUGGCCAGUCCCAAUGGGGUUGAAGUGGAGUACACUCCAUGGCUAAUUGUUGGAUUGGGAAACCCAGGAAACAAGUAUCAUGGAACUAGGCAUAACGUUGGUUUUGAAAUGAUUGAUCGCAUUUCUCAAGAAGAAGGUAUCCUGAUGAAUACAAUACAAUCAAAGGCAUUGAUUGGAAUAGGUGGUUCUAUUGGGGAGGUACCGGUUUUGUUGGCAAAACCUCAGGCUUACAUGAAUUUCAGUGGAGAAGCAGUUUACGAUGAGAUGAGUUUACCAAAUGGUGUUUUGAGGCUUCAGCCAAGAGGAGGGCAUGGCCUUCACAAUGGAGUGAAGAGUGUGAUGGAACAUUUGGAUGGUCUUCGUGAAUUUCCGCGGUGUUGCAUCGGCAUUGGAAAUCCACCUGGUACAAUGGACGUGAAAGCUUACCUUCUUCAGAAAUUCAGUUUGGAGGAGCGAAAGCAGAUAGAUGCGGCAUUGGAACAGGGAGUUGAGGUUCUCAGGACCCUGGUACUCGCAGGUUUCGGUGGUAGAAUCACUAGAUUUAAUCUGGGCCAGAAGUACAAGUACCACAAAGUUUGAGCAACCUCACCAAACAAAACCAAAGGUAUGGUCGAAAGGCAUCUAUACCGUGUUUGAAUCGAUUUUGGAUGUUCCUGCAAUUUCCUUGUACAGUAUUUUUGGGCCAACUGUUGAGGCUGAUGUAUCCUUAAAAGACUUUAGCCCUGUUUUUUAACAACCUUGGUGCCUCUUAACCUAACCUUCAGUUUUGGGUCUUUAAAAUUUGUUACUAGAGUGUAAGAGAAGUGAGUUAGUGAGCUGUUUGUAAUUGUACAUUUGAUGGUACUUCACCCUAAACUGAUAUUGAAAACUGAGAAAUGCAUGUUUAUAUUAGCAAUGAGUUCAAAUUUUGGAGCUUGGCACCGAUGGAUUGCAACUUUUUAGUAUCUGAAGUCAAAACUUCCCCUCAUGAGAUGUUUCUGUGUCUUCUAAUCUUUUUAGCCAACUCAAACACUAGCAGAAGAUCGAUGGGGGUGGGCUUUAUAUUCUAACUGAUGCUUAACAUUCAGGCUCAGGGUCAGCAAGCAAAAUUUCAUCUGAAGCGGGA